AUGGUGGUCCACCCACUGUCGCCCCUCACCAAGGCCGAGCUUGAGCAGGCUCGCGACGUCGUCAAGCUGCACGAAGCCGGACACACUCUCUUCUUCCGUUCCGGCUGUCUUCAAGAGCCUGUCAAGUCAGAGCUUGUCCCAUUCCUCCAGGCUGAGCAUGAGGGCCGCCUGACCGACGAUACCCCACGGCCGCCGCGCCUGGCCCUUCUUCAGUACGAUGUCAUCCACGCUGCCUCCAAGUCGGUACAGUAUACUCAGUCCAUCAUUGACCUGGGGCUUGGGAAGCCAGUCGAGCGACGUGUUGCGGAUCCCAAGCGCCAAGCGAGCAUAAGCCUCAUGGAGUUUGGCAUCUUCCAAGAUGCGUGCGUCAACUCGCAGGUUUUCAAAGAUGCCCUGGCUGAGUUCGCCAUACCCGAGCACUUUGUCAUCGCCAUUGAUCCGUGGCCGUAUGGGGGCCCUGAUCCUGGAGAGGACGUUCCCCGGGUCAUGCAAGGACUCGUCUUUGCCCGCGACACGUCAAGCAAGAAUCCCGAUUCGAACUACUACGGCAAUCACAUUCCCAUCUCUCCCGUCGUAGACCUCGCUACAGGCGAGGUCAUCCGCAUCGAUCGCCUGGCGACGGGGGGUGAGGAAGAUGGCAUCGGCGCCCACCCUCGACAGGCUGCCCCAAGGUCACUCUUCGAGAACGUCAAGCCUGCAGAAUAUAUCGAGGAGCUUCUCGACCGGCCUCUGCGGACAGACAUGAAGCCCAUCAACAUUACGCAGCCAGAAGGGGCUUCUUUCACGGUGCAUACCGACAACCUCGUGGAGUGGCAAAAGUGGCGCUUCCGCCUCGGCUUCACCCCCAGAGAAGGCGCAGUCCUCCACGACCUCUGCUACGACAACCGGCCCAUCAUCUACCGCCUCAGCUACAGCGAGCUGACGGUGCCGUACGCCGACCCACGUCCGCCGUUCCACCGCAAGCAAGCGUUCGAUCUCGGCGACGGCGGCUUCGGCCUCUCGGCGAACAGCCUCGAGCUGGGCUGCGACUGCCUGGGUGCGAUUCACUACUUCGACAACUUCCUCGUCGAGCCCUCGGGCGACCCGAAGCUGGUCAAGGCGACCGUCUGUCUGCACGAGCAGGACAACGGCAUCGGGUGGAAGCACACCAACUACCGCACGAAACGCGCCGUCGCGGCCCGCCACCGCGAGCUCGUCCUCGACACGGCCGGCGGUAUCACGAUCGAGACGCGCGCCACGGGCAUCAUGAGCGUCGUGGCCAUUGACGCCGGCAAGACGUCCCGCUACGGCAACGUCGUGGCGCCCGGCGUCCUGGCACAGAACCACCAGCACAUGUUCGCCAUCCGCAUCGACCCGGCCAUCGACUCGUACGCCGACGGCCAGUCGCGCGUCGUCGUCGAGGAGAGCGUGCCUGUGAGGCAGGACCCGGCGACGAACCCGUUUGGCAACUACUACGAGGUUCGGAAGAAGACGGUGGAGAGGGCGUGCUGGGUCGACGCCGAACCGAAGCUGAACCGCGUCAUCCGCCUGGAGAACGCCACGAAGAAGAAUGACGUGUCCGGCCGCCAUGUCGGGUACAAGCUGACAGCCCCGGCGACGCAGCUCCUGCUCGCCGACGAGGAGAGCCGGCAGGCGCGCCGGGCCAGGUUCGCGCAGCACCACGCCUGGGUGACCGGGUACCGAGAGGGCGAGCUCUGGGCGGCGGGCGAGUUUACGAAUCAGAGCCUGGAGGAGACGGGCGGCGUGUACGACAUGGUCAAGCGAGACGACUGGUUCUUGGGCGCUGCAGACAGGCAUGGGGCCAAUGGAGAUGCCGCUAGCGAAGGUGAGGUCAAGGGCAGACUCAGUGCGCCGGUUCUGUGGGCUGUUUUCGGGCUGACGCACAAUCCUCGUGUCGAGGACUGGCCUGUCAUGCCUGUCGAGAUCCACCAACUCAGCCUUCGACCGGCUGACUUUUUCACAUCGAACCCAGCGCUUGACGUGCCGACGACGAGAAACCAGACGUCCGUCACUGUUGGCUGUUGCCGCAGUGACGGCGAAUAG